GGUUCAUAUUUAUUUAGGGGUCUGGAGUUUUUUGGUAUUUAUUUAGGUGUCUGAUCUGGGAUUUGUAUUUAUUUAGGUGUCUAAUUAAUCGGAGGUUUGUAUUUAUUAAGGGGUCAGGUCUGGGGUCUGGAUUUAUUUAGGGGUCUGGUCAGGGGUAUUUAUUUAUUUAGGGAUCCAGGGUUCAUAUUUAUUUAGGGGUCUGGAGUUUUUUGGUAUUUAUUUAGGUGUCUGAUGUGGGGUUUGUAUUCAUUUAGGUGUCUAAUCUGGGGUCUGCAUUUAUUUAGGCUUCAGAGUCCAAGGGCCUAAGUCCAGGCCUUAUUUGAAAGAUUUAUGAAUUUAUGAACGGCGGUUUGCGAAAUGAUGGGCCGACAUAUUACUGUUUAUUGUAAGGUUACAAGAACUAUGGGUCAUCCAGACCAUCACAGGCCAGAAACAUCUUUUUUUUUUACAUUUUACUUCAUUGAGGGAGUGAAUUAGGUGUUGCGACCUUCAUGGUUUAGAAACUUUACACAAUUUGGAAACCAGCAAAACCAGAAGUGUCCAGAAUUUUGUGCAGAAUGCUUCUCCUGACCUGCUCUGCCAAGCUGACCGCACUGAGGAACCUACUGAGACAUGGCUUUCCAGAAUCCCUGAAGGUGCACGGUGCGAUCCAUCAUGUGAUGUGUAAUAACCCCUUCAGACUCCAAGUACUGGUGGACCAGUGGCCCGACUUUACCUCUGUAAUAUGUCGCCCCCCUCUGGAGGAGAUGACAGAUGACUUGGAUGUUUACACUAACACAUAUUUUCUCUUCAGCAAAGAUCCUCAGAACCUCAGCCAAAUGCUGGAAGAUCCAAAAACUGUAAACUGGAAGCAGAAGUUACAGAUACAAGGUUGUCAGCCCCAGCUGGGGAAUGUUCUUCAUAAGAUCAGUUCCAGGUAUGGAGGCCGUAUGGAGAGGACAAGUAAUGUAUUAUACAGGAAAGAGGGAGCCACAAGUACAAGGGAAGAAGACGAUGGCCGCCAUAGAAGGACUAUUAGCCUUCACUUCUCUGCACUAGACCCGGAUGAAGCCGUCCAUGUCAAUGCACAAUGGGGCUUUGGCAGAAAUGAGCGCAGCGAGAGAUAUAUCAGAAGAUGCAUCCAGAUGUUUCCUACCAUGUCCGCUAGAAGUGAAGCCGGACGGCCACCUAUUGCCUGGGUGUUAAGCGAGCAGUCUGCUGAAGUCCGCAUGGGGUACACUGAGGACGCCUACAGAAGCCAAGGGGUGUUCCAUGAUGUAGUCACAAGACUGGCCUCCAUAAUGGCUUCAAGAGGAGUUCCACUCUACUGUCAUAUAGCAGCUGACAACACAAAGAGUCAGACAGCCUGCAGGGCAGCGGGGUUCUCUCCACUAGGCCAUUGGGAGCAAUGGAGUUUUAAGCCGUCCUAGAAGAGGUAUAAGUUUAAGGGGUUAUUCAGCUAAUAAAACUUCACAGGAUGCAGGAUUUUUCUCACCAUGGGGGUUUAAUGUGUCUGAUCGUGGGAGGUCCGAUGUGUCUGAUCGUGGGGAUCUGAUGUGUCUGAUUGUGGGGUAGUCUGAUGUGAAUGAUCGUGGGGGGUCCGAUGUGUCUGAUCAUGGGGGUCUGAU